AUGGGCUUCUCCAACCUCAUCCAAGACACCCUCAAGCACGCAGCCGGCGGCGGCGACAACAACAACAACAGCAGCAACCAGAACUCCUCCUACGGCGGUGGUGCUCCCCCCAGCUACGGUAACGAAGGCGGCUACAGCGCCGGCGGCAGCAGCCAGUUCAACACCCCUCACGGCGGAAACCCUUCCUACGGCGGCGGUCCCCCCAGCUACGGUAACGACGGUGGCUACGGCGGCGGUGCCCCUCCCAGCUACGGCAACGACGGCGGCUACAGCGCCGGCGGCAGCAGCCACUACAACACCCCCCACGGCGGUAACCCCUCCUACGGCGGCGGCGGCGGCUACGGCUCGGACGACGACUUCAGCCCCGCGGUCUCGCACGCCCAGGCGGAGCACAGCAGCGAAGAUAAAUCCCUGUUCAGCACGGCGCUGAACUUCAUCAAGGAUCGGAAGUCGCAGUCCUCGCAGAACGAUAUCGAUGAGUCGCAGAUGGUGCAGUCGCAUCAGGCGCUGUACGGUGGCGGCGGAGAUGACAGCCGGGCUCAUGAUUCGAACUCCCUCGGUGCCGGGGCUGCCAUGCAGGCGUUAAAGAUGUUUACGUCGGGUGGUGGGUCCUCGUCUAGUGAGAGCAGUGGUGGCAUGGAUAAGAACAAGUUUAUUGGAAUUGCCAUGGCUCAGGCGAGUAAGUUGUGGGAGGAGAAGAAUUCGAGCGGGGGUGGUGUGUCCGAAGAUAAGCAGUCUGCUGUGAACAAGGCUGCCGAGAUGGCGCUGAAGAUGUACAUGAAGAACGGGGGCAGUGGAUCGUCCGGCACUGGAGGACCCGGUGGUCUGAUGAGCUUGGCCAGCAAGUUCUUGCACUAA